UAAUAAUAUGGAAAUCGAUGACACUAAGUUUAUAAACAUUUUGAAAGAAAAAAUUCCUAAUCUUAUAGAUCCUUAAUAUGAGAAAGUAAUGAAAUUUAAUAUCAAAAUAAGGAUCUAAAUCUCAUGAAAGAUGUUAAUAUUAUGGGAUAUUUUCUAGAAAUACUAGAAUAAAUGAAAACAAGCUAACUACCUAUUGAACAACUAUUACUUCAUUAUUCUGUAUUUAAAUUCAAUAUUUUAGCAAUAAAAAUUUCAUGUUUAAAGUGGAAUAACUAACAAAAUGAAAUCUUUUGUGACAAUCCUUUUAUUUAGCUACUUAAAAAAGUCUAAUAAUUCAUAAGAUCUUUCAUACGUUAAAAGAUAUUUUCUUUAAAAAAAAUCAAAUUCAUCCAUUUCAUUCUACAUCAAACUAAGAAAAACAAUUAUCACCAAUUUUUCUUAUAAUUCCAGAACUUAAAUGUUAGAUGGACUUAAUUUGAAAUUUGGUAUUUAUUAGGUUUAUACUAGAUGAUUGGUCAACAUUGACAACUAGGUUUCUAGGAGCCGAAUCUAUAUCAUAAAUUGGAGCAAAAGUGAAAGAAGUUAAUUCCAAAACCAAGGUUUAUGAUAAAAUCUUAACUAAUUCAAUUGAUGCUUUAUUUUUUGUUUAAACAUGUGUGGAUUUAUUUGAAUUGAGAGAUAAAUCUAAUGUGCAUUAAGAAAAAGAAAAAAGAUCUUAAUCUUUACACUCAUAAAAUGAAAACUCAAAUUCUUAGAAUUUAAUUUAAGAUGAUGAAGAUAGUCAAAAUGAGGAGGGAAAUAGCAUGAUAGAAUAACCAGAAGAAAUUUAAUAAUCAAUCUAAAUUGCUUUAAGCCCAACCUCUAACGUUCAGAUAAAAUAAGAUAAUGCAGAAUGUAAAGAUAAAUCAAAUGUCAUUCAAUAGAAAUUAAUUAAUUCUUUAUAAGAAACUGUAUUUUAAAAUUAUAUCUUAGAAAUAUCAAUUAUUGGAAAAUUAAAUGAAAUCUGAAGAAGCAAUCAAAAAAACUUUAAAAGUUGUUGAUAAUGUUUUUCUUGAUUAUGAAAAUCUAAUUAAACAAAGUAAAAAGUAGUAAUUAUUUAUUUAAUAAUUAAUGGAUAAAUGCAAAACAUCGCAUACAUUAACAGAAUAAGAUAAAAAAAUAUUUUAAGAACUCAGUUCCCAUUAAAAUAUUUAAAAUGACUUUAAAGCAUAACUUUAUUAAACAGGAAUUUAUAAAUUUAUUAAAUGA